AUGAAAAAUACGUCGAAUUUUAUUGAUUUAUCACCUUAUCCAUCGUUAUACCGACCGGAGCUGGUUAAGUUACACGGAAUUUUUGACAAAUAUGGAUACGAGCUUCGUGCCGCCGGCGGAGCAGUGAGAGAUAUUUUGCUCAAUAAAGAGCCUCAUGAUAUUGAUCUAGCCACUGUUGCUACACCAGAUCAAAUGCUCUCAAUGUUUUCAAAUGAAUCUAUUCGUGUAAUAAAUCGAAAUGGAGAGGCCCAUGGUACAGUAACGCCUAGAGUAGACGAUUCGAUGAAUUAUGAAAUUACUACACUUAGAGUUGAUGUGAAAACGGAUGGGCGCCAUGCUCAUGUCCAGUUUACUCAUGAUUGGGUCACAGAUGCUGCUCGCCGAGAUCUCACUAUCAAUUCAUUGUUCCUUCGCCUGCAUUAUGGUAAAAGUGCUAAUUUGGAAACGACCUUGAAUAGUAUAAAUCGAAUUAUUGCUUCUUCAAAUCUAUUCCAGCAUCCUUUCGGCGAGCUCUUUGAUUACUUUGGUGGUAGAGAUGACCUAUCGGCUCGUAGAAUUCGUUUUGUUGGGGAACCUGCUGAUAGAAUUCAAGAAGACUAUCUACGAAUACUUAGGUAUUUUCGAUUUCAUGCUCUUAUCAAGCCUCCCGAAAGGGCAGAUGAGCAUGAUGAUGAAAUACUACAGGUUGGUUAA